AUCAUACUCGAAACCAAUCACAAGAACCCUUUUUUAGAGUACUGUAACCAGUGACGCGGAGAGAGAGAGAACACAGUCACAGAGUUAUGUCAAUGGCGUCUAUAGCUUCUUCUUCCACCACCACCCUUAUCUCUUCCUCUAGGGUUCUUCUUCCCUCCAAGUCUUCUCUUUUAUCUCCCGCCGUGUCUUUCCCCAGAACCAUACCCUCUUCCGCCGCAUCAUCCUCUUCCGGAUUCUCUCGUCUCGUUUCCCUAACCUCCGGACUCUCCGCCACACGCCGGAGCUUCGCCGUCAAAGCUCAGGCUGAUGAUUUACCACUGGUCGGUAAUAAGGCGCCUGAUUUUGAGGCAGAGGCAGUUUUUGAUCAAGAGUUCAUCAAGGUGAAGCUCUCUGAGUACAUUGGGAAAAAGUAUGUCAUUCUAUUUUUCUACCCUUUGGACUUCACUUUUGUUUGCCCCACAGAGAUUACUGCCUUCAGUGACCGCUAUGAAGAAUUUGAGAAGCUAAACACCGAAGUAUUAGGGGUCUCAGUCGACAGUGUGUUCUCGCAUCUCGCGUGGGUCCAAACAGACAGAAAGUCAGGAGGGCUCGGUGAUCUGAAUUACCCACUUGUUUCGGAUAUCACUAAAUCCAUUUCAAAAUCGUUUGGAGUGCUCAUCCCUGACCAGGGCAUUGCACUGAGGGGACUUUUCAUCAUCGACAAGGAAGGAGUCAUUCAGCAUUCCACCAUCAACAACCUUGGUAUUGGUCGAAGUGUUGAUGAGACAAUGAGAACCCUCCAGGCAUUACAGUAUGUUCAAGAAAACCCGGAUGAAGUUUGCCCUGCGGGAUGGAAGCCCGGGGAGAAAUCAAUGAAACCUGACCCCAAGCUCAGCAAAGAAUACUUUUCAGCUAUCUAGAGGCUAAAACUAAACAAUUGUUUGGUGAAAAUUUGCAAGCAGAGUUGUUUUAUUAAUCUUUUCUAAGUUGGAGCAGAGUUGUUGUUAAUUUUUGCCAAAGAACCUUUGUAUCUCCUUUUUCUUUUAUGUGAUUCUCCUGAAAUUGAAUAAAAGAUGAAGAAAUUU